CGCAACAACGUCAGAGAUCAUGCUCUGGCUCCGGUCGUCCCUCGGCCCUGACAUCAUAAGCCGUCCCCACAAAAUGUUUGUCAUUACACCCACAAACGGACUCUGGCACCACAGCUGCCCGCAUUCUGUACGCAAUUACUGGGAAAUGUCUCGUGAAUUCUCGUCAUUACCAGCCACAGUCCCCACGUGUCGUCAUUGUUUGCGUCGUUGUGCCAGCUUUCACCAAGUCAACUGCAGCCACCAUCGACCUCGCAAAGCCACUUUGGGAACCCGUCCAAGCUGUCUUCUUCCCGCAUAUAACCUGCAGCACUGGCUUCAUUCCUUCUUCUCUUCUAUCACACGUCCAGUCUACCUGUGUACCCAAUCCAUCAAACCAGACACUCUCGCGAAGACCUUUGACCUCUCUCACACUCACAACUUCAUCACAAUGGCCACUCUACACUACCUCCCCCCUGUUAAGCCCUCUGCGAUCGCCCUCGGCAUCGUCUUCAACCAGAUCUCCGGCGCUGGUGUGCUGGCCCCGCUGUUCGGCGACGUCUACCACCGUGCCAAGGCUGCUGACAGCAAGGAGGAAUUCUUCAAGUCCAAGGAGACUGCCACCGCUGCGGCUAGCUGGGGAAGCUCUAUCCUGGGCUCUGCUAUUCAGACCUAUGGUGUUGCGGCUCUGAUCAACGCUACCGGUACGCUGAGCUACAAGGGCGCAGCUUACUUGGGUGGUUUGAUCUUCGCAGCUUCGUACAGCCCAUCGCUCAUCUCCGCACUUGUCCUCGAGAACCGACCGGUUGACACCGUUGCCGUCGGCGUGUUGUCCCGUCUCUUGGAGACCGUCGGCCUCAGCUUGUUCCUCACCUACUGGGGCACUCGCACGAACCCAUUCGACUAAGUUAAUCGCAUCCCACAUGAAUGAGAAUUGAAGCGGGUGGGAGGAAGCCCCAGGCAUGGUGGAAGCAGCAUUGUUGAUGUGGAAUGACCACAUCAUGGGCGGGAGUUGGAAAAUGGGGAUUCCAAACUCAACUUUGUAUCCAUAAAUACCCCUUGCAAUUAUCAACCAACGGCGGUAUUCCGGCUUGGUUUGGCACGGAAUACCACCGGUUGAAAUGGAGUUCAUAAGUCAUCGAUAGGCUACAAGAACGGUCCUGAAAUGAACUCGUGAAAUCUACACCGUUCCCUGCUUGGUUUCUACCAGGAGUCUUUUCUGAUUUGCUAUUCUUUAUCACUUGAAAGCAUUUCAUGAUGGGUCAAUACUUGGUUGAUUUUCGUCCUCUAGCUGUCUGUGCUGAACGGGAGACAACCUCAGCACGAGAAGCUAUGUACCAUCGCGACUCAUUGACAGCAAUGCUAGUAAUGAUCCCCC